CGUUCUAAGUAUAAGAAGCCUUGAAUUCAUUCCAACUACUUGCUGUCAUCAUCCAACUACCACCACAACAACAACUUCACUUCUAUUCUUCAUUUCUUUUCUUCUUUAAUAUCGACAUCAAACAGCCCGGUGCUGCAGUCUCAAACGUUCCUUCGAUUUCAUACUUAAUUCUUCAUCGUUCCUCAGGCCGUUUCAUCAACAUCCAACAUGCAUUUCACACAACAGCUCGCAGUGGCCGCUGGCCUCAUCGCCUAUGUUUCUGCCCACGGUAUGGUCGUGGAGGUGAAGGGUGCCAACGGUGUCAACAUGCCCGGAUUGACCGUCGCUGACGGCACUCCUCGCGAUUGCUCUUCUAACGGAUGCGGUUCCCAGGCGGACACCGCCAUCAUCCGUGACCGCGACAUCCAGAGCGGCAAAUGCGGCCCUCUAGGCCGUACCCAGGGUAACGGCCCAGUCGACGCUGCCGUCAUGAUCGCAUCUUUCAUGGGUACUGGCAACGGCAAUGUUCCUACCAACAACGGUGCUUCCGGCAGUGUCGGUGUUGAGGAUAACAUCCAGAACCAGGGUGGACAGGCCGGGCAGGGCAACCAGGGCGGCCGCGGUCAGAGGCGCCAGUUGCUCGGUGGACUUCUCGGUGGCGGCGGUGGCAACGGUGGAGGUGCCACUGGCAUUCAGGGCCUUCUCGGAGGAGGUGGCAACAAGGCUGAGGGCCCACCAGAGAGCCGUGUUGCUGCUGCUGCAGGCACAGGUGCUACCAGCGGAUUGCCCACUGCCAACGAUGAUGGCACCAUUGAUAUGACUUUCCGUCAGAUCAACCAAGAUGGUGCUGGUCCAUUCGAGGCCUCUGUUGACGGCACCUCUGGUGGAACCGACCCGGCUGCCUUCCAGGACGCUGAGGUCACCAAGGAUGUUCCAGGACUUGGUGUCCAGGGUAUCUCUCUUGCCACCUCCACCGAGUUUGACAUGCAAGUCAAGAUGCCUGCUGGUAUGACUUGUGACGCCAAUGUUGGUGGUGCCAGCAACGUGUGCAUUGCUCGUGUCCGCAACGGUGCUGCUGCUGGUCCCUUCGGUGGAUCUGUCGCUUUCACCCAGAGCGCCAACGCCAGGAAGAGGGCUAUUGCUUACCGUCUCAAGAAGCGCAUGGAGAUUGUUCGUAACUAGAUCUUUGAUUCUACUCUGAACAGUCGCAAGGCUUGUAGGCGCGGAUAUGUAGUUACAGAUAGAGUUACAAGGUCGACGCCUCUUGAUGAGAAUUGACUGAGUAGCAACCGUUGCGACAUUCGCU